UUUCAUUUUUUAAAGUGUUAAUUCAUUUCAUUGAAAUGUACAGCCUUUCACAGAAAUAAAAAUUGAAACUAGGUGUUUUGGCUCUACUGAUAUUAUUAUUUUUAGUUUGAUUUCAGGAUGUGAAGUUUUUAAAGAAGUUUUCAAAGUGGUGUCUUAGUAUAAAUUCAAUCUUCAAUCUAAAUUUUUUUAAUAUCUUUGUUUUUAGACAGUAAUGGGAACAGAAGAUGACGAAGUCAUCACUGGGUUAGAUGCUGCUGGUGAGGAAGCCUUCAGAAAUUUAACACAAGAACAAAAAGUUGAAGACAUAGGUGAUGAUGAGUUUGAUUAUGAUGAACACGAACUGCGUUACACAAGCAAAGAGGGUGACAAGGUUCCAAGCAACAGUGCAACUGAAGAAACUAAAAAUAACAAUUCCGUAAAUGAACCUAACCAACCUGAAAUAAUACAUCAGUCUGAUUCUGAAAAUGUCACAAUACCAACUGUAAAUGCAGAAGAAGGGAUAGAAGAACCUAUGAAUGAGAUUGUUGCAUGUAUUGACAAUCAGGACAAUGACAUUAGAACUACGUCAAGUGAACAGAUAUCUCUGGAGUAUAUGCAAGCGAAAGACGAAUGGAAUAAUGUUCAAGAAAUUGCAAUAUCCACAGAACCCUCCACAAAAUCGAAAAGUUCUUCUGAUUGUAUUACAUUUACGGAAGCUUUGGAGCAUUUUGAGACACUCAAAUUAGCCGACUACAACAACAAAAUUCGUCCAUACAUUCGUCACACUGGUGUUUCAUCUUUAUGGCACAUCAUCUCAGGACCACCGAAGUUAUCGAAAAACUUAACACAAGAAAGAGACUUAAUAUUUGUUUUAGCUGCAGUUACAUUUGAUAAUUCCAACGAGACGCAUAUUAGAAUUUUACAAACGGUUUACAGAAAAUUAACGAAAACGAAAAUCGACUGCCCCCGGUUUGGACAACAUUGGGAGAAUAUUGGAUUUCAAGGGAAUGACCCGUCGACAGACCUUCGUGGUUGUGGCAUGCUUGGACUUCUCACCACUCUGUAUUUCAUCACAUCUAAAGAUACAUCCCAACUGGCAGCUACUGUAUAUCACCUGUCACAAGAUGAGAUUCAAAAUUUUCCAUUUUCUGUCAUGUCGAUUAACGUGACCAGGAUUGCGUUACAGAUACUUAGAGAAGGGAAGCUGAACAAGACAUGUAAUGCGAGAAUGAAAGAGAAAAGCGGUAAAUAUCGAAAUGACUUCGAUCUAGUAGUUUUCGAAGUGUUUCUCGAACUUUACGUGGCUAUAUUUCACAAGAUUUACUAUAUUUGGAAAACAGAAGGAAAAACUAUGACAGAGUCUGGAUUCGUGGUGAAAAACGUUGAAGAUUAUGCAAAAAAGAAACCACUUGAUUUAAUGAAGAAUUUUGUUAAGUUGACUUCAAAAGAUACUCAUUUAAAAGAAACAGAAAAAAUUCAGAGUUUUGUUGGAGUCGAAGAUCUCGAGGAAUGAAAAAUGUCUUUAGAAGGAGAACAUACCUUGACUGCACGAAAAACGCUAUGUUAUAUGAGGAUUCUUUGAAGUCAUUGAAAUAGUGUUUGUCUUCAUGUCACAGGAAUACCAGCAGAGAUAUCAGCUUGUGAUGCAUUACUUUAUUUACUGACUUGUUUCAUUGGGAUUCAAAUUAUUUUUUUUCGCAACGUGGAACAUUAACUAUAAUAAUAUUAAUAAAUGUGGUAUGAAUUCGACUUGAUGGAAUUCGAAAUCAACCACUACAGAAAUUCGGAUCUAUCUUUUUAGCAUAUGGAUCAUACAAUUACUCACGUGUGUUUAUAACAAAACAAAAUGUAUAUAUUGUAAUUUUUUGGUCAUAUUGGAACUGUACACAUUGCAUUGUAUCCACUAGAAUUGUGUAAAAUUAAGCGCAUAUACUUAAUAUAUUAAAUUUUGCAUAUAAUUUUGUUUAUAUCGACAGUACAUAGAGUUAAUGGUUAUUACUGGUGAAACUUCAUGGUUCUUAUGCUCCCUAAUGAGUUUUUUAAAUUGCAAUUUUUUUUAUCGGAAUACUUUUUUUUUACCUCUAGCUGGUUCUAGAGAUUAUUUAUUAACUAUACUAUUGAUUUUAAUGUGUAAAAGUCGAUGUAAAUUGAUUUCGAAAAGCACACCAAAACAAAAGUUGAAUGGACUGA